GAAACGAAGUCUCGAAAAACGGAAAGUAACCCUCCAGAGGUAGAUGUUGCUGUGCUUACAAAUAAAGAACUUCCUAAAACAUCAAAACGUUUGAAUCUUGAGCAACUGCCAAUCGAUAUUCUGUUGUUGACAGUACAGGACUGUGAGUUUUUAGCCUGUCUUUCCCACCUGACGGGUUUCUCGAGGAUGUUUCAAAAAGACCUUGGCGACGUGUACAUCGGAAAAAUAGGGGAGAUGAAAAUCGCUCUAAUGAAGUGCAGAAUGGGUGCGGCUGGUCCUGGAGGUGCAGCAGGUGUUGUUAGAGACGCAGUCAAAGCCUUAACGCCCAAGGCGGUGUUUUGUGUUGGUUACUGUGGGGGCUUACAACCAGUCAAAGUCAAGCUAGGAGAUGUAGUUAUUUCCGAGGUACUAAUCACAUACGCUCCUUCAAAAGUCACCAAAGAUGGUAUUGAAGAACUUGGCGACCGAGUUCCGCUUAAGCCCAAUCUUGCCAAGGUAAUACUCAAUGCUGCUGCUGGAUGGAGCGCACCGUUGCGGGAUCCAUCAGAAUUAGAGGUGGAACAGGUACGAGGUGCGUUACUGAGUGGACCACAAGUGGUCGAUGACAAUGAUUUGCGUGAAGCACUUCUCAACCGAUUCCCUGGGGCAAUUGCUAUCGAGAUGGAGGGCGAAGGUAAAGUAAAGUAACAUUUUAUGACAAAAAUUCAUCAAUCUCCAUUCAAGUGACGUAAACUGCGUUAGAAAUGGGCGUAUCGGUUAUCCAAAAAGUUCCGAUCCAUUGAUAAUAAUGCAUUCCCCGUAUACACCAACGCUCAAAGGUGUUUUAACGUUGUUUAUUAGUUUCCUAAAGUGUUAAAUCCUGUUUUAAUUGGUUUAAAAUGUGUACCAUUCAGACUAACUAGAAAAUAAUUGUAGCGGCUUUUGAUUACUUUCUAACAAUCGCUUGACGUGAAAACUUUGGUGUAAACGAGACACAAGGUUUGAGGCAUUUUUAAACAAAUGGAGAAUUGAACUAAGCUGGCUUCAAUUCUGUUCUAAACCAUACACUUUAAAAAAAUACAUUUGGGAGCUUGAGCAACUACGAAGGCGCGGAGGGCAAGUGGAACGUCGAAAAAGGAAAACUGCACAUUAGCUGAUUCAAACAAAAAAUCAGCAUACUUUUAGAUCUUUGGUCAAAUUCCAGAUCCUUCUCUUGGAAAUGUCUUAUCUACUACAUGUUAUCUUCACUUUAAGGUGUUUACUCAGCAGCACAUGACCUGAACGUUGAGUGGAUAAUUAUAAAAGGCGUGUCGGACUUCGCAAAUGGCAAAAACUCUGAGAAAAAUGCAUGGCGACCCUUUGCGAGUUUAAUGGCUGCAUCAUUUGUUGCUCAUAUCCUCAGUAAUCCCAUCAUUUUUGAAGACUGGCCUCACUACAAUAAUGGAAAGACGAGUCUACCUCCCUCCUCAGGUGACUACCACACUGACGUGUUUAAUUUUUUCAAAUGAUCAUUAUAAAACAAACAACCAACAGUGUUCCAAGAUACAACAGACCAAGACGCGACUGAUUCUACACCUGAAUGUGGCUUUUUUUUUUAAUUUAAAAAUGAAGAGGCCACAAUAGCUGCAAAGCUUUUAACUGAUUCAUUCUAGAGACGCAUUAGUGAAUACAAAAGUGAUCGCUUCUAAACGGCAAUCAUCGAAAAGUUCAGUAUUCUAAUGCUGAAUCGCUUAUUGGACUGAAUGAUGACUGUUUCUUCCAUGUUUCAAUGGGAAGAAAAACCCCUAAUAGUUUUUCGAUAAAAAGACCUUUAGAAUCGGUAAUCUCGUACCCAGAUCUCUUAUUGACGAAGCCGAAGGCGAGAUCUGGUCAAGUAAAAAAAUUCAGUUUAAAACCUCUCUCUCGGUAUCAAUAAAGAUUUUUUAAAAAGAGGGAAAAAAAAACUCUCGCAUAGAAGUUGACGCGUACUGCCUUGAGGUUUUAGCAUGGAUAAGAGAAAGACUAUUAUCCAUGGUUUUAGCGCGCGUUAUGAUAAUUAAAUUUAAACCAUAAAUUAUCCAUGUUUAAUCUAACUUUCGUGUUGAAUUUGAUGUUACAAAGAACAACAACCAUAACAACAAAUUAUGUCAUGCAAAUAAAUCAUGUUUACAGUCAGUUUUCAUUUCCCCGCGCAUUUAAUUUCGCCUCUUCUAACCCGUAAGUUUUUCAGUUUCCUUAUGAAACGAUCACAGCGCCGAUAAAGCAGACCAAGACUCACUAUGCAAAGGCCAAAAGCUACCUCAGGACUUUAUCCUCGUCUUUGAUGUACAUGAAUUUGUUACUAAGUAGGGUUACAAAUUUUUCUUUCCAGAUCAAGCCGGUAAGCGUGAUGAACAACCAUCCAAAGGCAACAAAAAGACCGUAUCUGGUGAUAAAGGUAUAAAUAUAGUAGCUAUUUAAAGGUUCAUUUAAUCGACCUUAAAGUUUUGUGUUGAUUUCAUCUUCCUUUCAACCGCUUUGAUGUCUCAAGUAGACUUUUUCUUGACAAGACCCCUUUAAUAGGACCACACAUCUACGCUGCAUAAUGAUUCUGGGUUUGCCACUUACGGGUUUACGUGAUAUAGUAAAAGGAAAAGUGAGCUCAAUCUUUUCCCAAGAAGUUAUUUACUGAAGUAAUCGAUUACAUUACUUAAAGCUCCAGUAGCUGUCAUAUAGGUUGGCGAAACCUCACGACAUGUCUGGAAUCAAGGAGCUUAAAAUAAUGGCCAUAUCAGAACGUGGCAGUUCUAUUUAUUGAUAUGAUGAUAAGUUAGGAAUAUGAAAUGCAUCUUUUUGUAACUCUGUAAAAUAAAUGUGUGCUAUCAUUUAUUACAGCUUUAAUAAGAGAUGGUACGCCUGAACCAGAGGACUUAGAACGCUUGUCAAAAAAGAUGGGAGCAUCCUGGGAAACUGUUGCUCGGCGCCUUGAGUUUGAGCAGGAAGAAAUUAAUGAAUUUGACCAUGAGUAUAAAGGAUUCGCGAAGAAAGCCUAUCAAAUGCUCUGUAGGUGGAAAAAAAGGGAAGGUAUAAAAGCAACUUACGAAGCUCUGUAUAAUGCCUUGACUCAUGACCUUGUACAGCGUAGGGAUUUAGCAGAGGCGUUUUGCCUAUUAACCGUGGAAUAG